GUUGCCUUUUUCUGAGGCCGCAGCUGCCCCCCCAGAGCUGUCUUGAGCUGUGCGCGCUAGUUCUACCUACACGUGGAGGCCACUGGGGGCCACCCGGCGCUGCACUUGUGCACCCAGCCUCUCCUACCAGGGAAUCCCCGAGCGAGGCCGGGCUGUACAAGGGCCCAAGUUAGCCCAUGGGAACAUUCAGAUAACGCAGGUUGGGGGCGCCAGUCGCGCCCCCCUCUUCAUCCUAAACAGCAUGGCGGGGCCACCGCCUCUUGGAGAGCUGCCUCCGUGCUAUACACCCCCAGCUGCAUCUUCAGCACCUCAAAUUCUAGCUGGGAGCCUGAAGGCUCCUCUCUGGCUUCGUGCUUACUUCCAGGGCCUGCUCUUCUCUCUGGGCUGUGGGAUCCAGAAACACUGUGGCAAAGUUCUCUUCUUGGGACUGUUGGCCUUUGGGGCCCUGGCACUGGGUCUCCGCGUAGCCACUAUUGAGACAGACUUGGAACAGCUCUGGGUAGAAGUGGGCAGCCAGGUGAGCCAGGAGCUCCAUUACACCAAGGAGAAGCUGGGGGAGGAGGCUGCGUACACUUCCCAGAUGUUGAUUCAGACUGCACGCCAGGAAGGGGAGAACAUCCUCACCCCUGAAGCCCUUGGCCUUCACCUCCAGGCAGCCCUCACUGCCAGUAAAGUGCAAGUGUCUCUCUAUGGAAAGUCCUGGGAUUUGAACAAAAUUUGCUACAAGUCAGGAGUUCCCCUUAUUGAAAAUGGGAUGAUUGAGCGGAUGAUUGAGAAGCUGUUUCCAUGUGUGAUCCUCACCCCACUCGACUGCUUCUGGGAGGGAGCCAAGCUCCAAGGGGGCUCUGCCUACCUGCCGGGUCGCCCUGAUAUCCAGUGGACCAAUCUGGAUCCCCAGCAGCUGCUAGAGGAGCUGGGUCCUUUUGCCUCCCUGGAAGGCUUCCGUGAGCUGCUAGAUAAGGCACAGGUGGGCCAGGCCUACGUGGGACGGCCCUGUCUGGACCCUAAUGAUCUGCACUGCCCACCUAGUGCUCCCAACCAUCACAGCAGGCAGGUUCCCAAUGUGGCCCAGGAGCUGAGUGGGGGCUGCCAUGGCUUCUCCCACAAAUUCAUGCAUUGGCAGGAGGAAUUGUUGCUCGGAGGCAUGUCCAGAGACCUCCAAGGACAGCUGCUGAGGGCAGAGGCCCUGCAGAGCACCUUCCUGCUAAUGAGUCCCCGCCAGCUGUAUGAACAUUUCCGAGGUGACUACCAGACGCAUGACAUUGGCUGGAGUGAGGAACAGGCCAGCACCGUGCUACAGGCCUGGCAGCGGCGUUUUGUGCAGCUAGCCCAGGAGACCCUGCCUGCCAAUGCAUCCCAACAGAUCCACGCCUUCUCCUCCACCACCCUGGAUGACAUCCUGCAUGCAUUCUCUGAAGUCAGUGCUGCCCGUGUGGUGGGAGGCUAUCUGCUCAUGCUGGCCUAUGCCUGUGUAACCAUGCUACGGUGGGACUGUGCCCAGUCUCAGGGUGCUGUGGGUCUUGCUGGGGUGUUGCUGGUGGCCCUGGCAGUAGCCUCAGGCCUUGGACUCUGUGCCUUGCUUGGCAUCACCUUCAAUGCUGCCACUACUCAGGUGCUGCCCUUUUUGGCUCUGGGCAUUGGUGUGGAUGACAUAUUUCUCUUGGCACAUGCCUUCAUCAAGGCCCCACCUGGCACCCUUCUCCAGCAGGACCGCAUGGGCGAGUGUCUGCGGCGCACAGGCACCAGCGUUGCACUCACGUCCGUCAACAACAUGGUGGCCUUCUUCAUGGCUGCUGUAGUUCCCAUCCCAGCACUGCGAGCCUUCUCUCUGCAGGCAGCCAUAGUGGUUGGCUGUAACUUCGCAGCGGUGAUGCUUGUCUUCCCAGCCAUCCUUAGCCUGGACCUGCGCCGGCGCCACUGCCAACGCCUUGAUGUGCUCUGCUGCUUUUCUAGCCCCUGCUCUGCUCGAGUGGUUCAGAUUCUGCCCCAGGAGCUGGGGGAUAGGACAAUACCAGUGGGCAUUGCCCACCUGACCACCACAGUGCAAGCCUUUGCCCACUGUGAAGCCAGCAGCCAACAUGUGGUCACCAUCCUGCCUACCCAAGCCCACCUGGUACCCCCGCCUUCUGACCCACUGGGAUCUGAACUCUAUAGCCCAGGAGGGUCUACACGGGACCUUCUAGGCCAAGAGGAGGAAACAAGGCAAAAGACAGUCUGCAAGUCCCUGCUCUGUACCCACUGGAAUCUUGCCCAUUUUGCCCGCUAUCAGUUUGCACCCUUGUUGCUCCAGUCACAAGUCAAGGCUGUGGUACUGGUUUUCUUUGGGGCACUUCUGGGCUUGAGCCUCUAUGGAACCACGUUGGUGGAAGAUGGGCUGGCCCUGACGGAUGUGGUGCCUCAUGGCACCAAGGAACAUGCCUUCCUGAGCGCCCAGCUCAGGUACUUCUCCCUGUAUGAGGUGGCCCUGGUGACCCAGGGUGGCUUUGACUACGCCCACUCCCAACGUGCCCUCUUUGAUCUAUAUCAGCGCUUCAGUUCCCUUAAGGCUGUACUGCCUCCACCCGCCACCCAGGCACCCCGCACCUGGCUGCACUAUUACCGCAACUGGCUACAGGGUAUCCAGGCUGCCUUUGACCAAGACUGGGCUUCUGGGCGCAUUACCCGCCACUCUUACCGCAAUGGCUCUGAGGAUGGAGCCCUAGCUUACAAACUUCUCAUCCAGACUGGGAAUGCACAGGAGCCUCUGGAUUUCAGCCAGCUGACCACAAGGAAACUGGUGGACAAGGAUGGGCUGAUCCCGCCAGAGCUCUUCUACAUGGGGCUAACUGUGUGGGUGAGCAGUGACCCCCUGGGCCUGGCAGCCUCUCAGGCCAACUUCUAUCCCCCACCUCCUGAAUGGCUGCACGACAAAUAUGACACCACUGGGGAGAACCUUCGCAUCCCCGCAGCCCAGCCCCUGGAGUUUGCCCAGUUCCCCUUCCUACUUCAUGGCCUCCAAGAGACUGCAGACUUUGUGGAGGCCAUCAAGGGGGCCCGGGCAGCAUGCACAGAGGCAGGCCAUGCGGGGGUGCAUGCCUAUCCCAGUGGCUCCCCCUUCCUCUUCUGGGAGCAGUAUCUGGGCCUGCGGCACUGCUUCCUGUUGGCUGUCUGCAUCUUGCUGGUGUGCACCUUCCUCGUCUGUGCUCUGCUGCUGCUCAACCCAUGGACAGCUCUUCUCAUAGUACUGGUCCUGGCUAUGAUGACUGUGGAGCUCUUUGGUAUCAUGGGAUUCCUGGGCAUCAAGCUGAGCGCUAUCCCUGUGGUGAUCCUUGUGGCCUCUGUAGGCAUUGGUGUUGAAUUCACAGUUCAUGUGGCUCUGGGCUUCCUGACCACGCAGGGUAGUCGGAACCUGCGCGCUGCUCGUGCUCUAGAGUAUACAUUUGCACCUGUCACCGAUGGAGCCAUCUCUACGUUGCUGGGCCUGCUCAUGCUUGUCGGCUCCAGCUUUGACUUCAUUGUAAGGUACUUCUUCACGGUGCUCACGGUGCUCACACUCUUGGGCCUCCUCCACGGGCUUGUGCUGCUGCCGGUGCUGCUGUCUGUCCUGGGCCCCCCACCAGAGGUGGCACAAGCAUACAAGGAGAGCCCACAGGUCCGGAGCCCUGCAACGACGCAGGGAGGUGGACUCAGAUGGGGAGUUCCCCCCACUCUGUCACAGAGCUUUGCCAGGGUGACUACUUCCAUGACUGUGGCCCUCCACCCACCCCCACUACCUGGUGCCUGUGUGCACGCAGCCUCUGAGGAGCCUGCGUGGGCCCCUACUCCCACCCCGGCUGCCAACAGCUCCAGCGCCCCCAGCUCCAGGGGACCACAUACCGAGUGAAGGAGCAGCUGAGGGGCAGAGAUCCUACUUGAGUCACAAGAAGGCACGGGAAGCAGUGGCCAUGUGGACUGCAGUUUGGGCCCCUGGAGGAUCCUGCUGCUGCAGUUUGCCUCCGCUCCCCGGACCGCCACCCAGACUUCCCUGAAACCCAUACAGAAGAGCCACUCCUUGGAGAACCUGGGGUGUCUGUGUCUCCCCCUGUCAUUUCCUCUUCAGGCUGCAGUGCAGACCUGUCCCCCUUUUACCCACACUGGCACCCAUCCAGACCAAGCCUGAGGGCUCCCCUUGUACACUUUGCCAGUCCUGGCCCUUUACUAUGUGGUGACUCCUGGAGAGGCCCUCUGUACCCUGCCCACCUCCUGCCAUAUUUAUAUGAAGAUGUUUAUUUUUGUAUAUAUAUAUU